GGGUGAAUCUGAGCCCCUUUGCCACCUCCCUUGCGCGCGGCUCCAGGUUCCCGGUGCCGAGUCUAGGGCGGCGGGUACAGAGGCCACGCCCUACUGGGCAGAGGCUGGACACACCCCAAGGCUGCAAGGCACCCCAGAAUGCCCCUCCCAAGUCACGCGGGUCUUAGAUGCCCCGCAAACGCACCGAUGGGGGUGCAUAACGUGAACCCGAGAUGCACGUAUGGGGCACGGCGCCCAGUGAGUCAGGCAGAGUGGGUGUCACCGCCGGAGUGAGUCACCAAGAGGUUGUGCGCCCCCCGUGGGCGGUGCCAGGAGCCUGGGGGGCGGGCUGCGCCCGCCCCAGGAAGGCCACGCCCCAGUUGGGGACUAGGCAGAUUCCCCCCACUUCUUUCCGCGAAGCUUCCUUCUGCGAUCCAGAGAGGCUGUUGCGAGCCGGGGAGGGGCGCGUGAUGCGCCCAAGUCCGCAGCCGAGGGGCUUCCCGGGAAGGGCGGGGGCGCCGGGAACGCUGGCGGCCGGGUCCGGAAGGGCCGCGCGGCUGCCGCGCCCCCGCCCCGCGGCCUCAGUUUCCGAUGACGCGCCUGCAGAAACCCCGACGCGUCCCCCAGGCUCCGCUGCCCGGUUUCACUUCCCCUCCCCCUGCCCGGCGUGGGGCGCGGGGCUCAGUCCGCCUCGGAUUCCGACGGGGGUGGGCACGGGGGCGCUUCCGGCCGUGGGGCGGGGUGGGCGAAGGGGUUACGACGGGGCGGCCCGCCCCCGCCCAGCCCCCUCCUCUCCACGCCUGCGCCGGCAUCGGGGGUGGGGCCGCGCGGUACCCGGCCGCCCAGAGAUCGACCCCCUCCCCCGCGAGGGGCGGGAUCAGGUUCGGGCCGGGGUUGGGGCCGCGCGGGCCGCGACAACCCCCACUCCGCAGCCUGGGCGUGCCGUCCGGGGGCCUGGAGGCGGCGCUAGCUGGGGAAGGAGAGGGGCGGGCGGCAGGAAGUGCGCUCUCCCACCGCGUCCUGAGCACAGUGACCCCCUCCCGUCCGAGGCGCGGGGGAGAAUUGGGAUGGCGAGAGAGAGAGGGGUACCCUGGGGAGGAGGCGCCUCGCAGGCACGUUGCGCUGGAGCGAGCCCUCGUUCAGGGAUGUUCAGAGGCCGAGGCCCGGCUGGACCAGGCUGGUAUCGUCAGUUGCUGCUUGAGCUCCUGGAACAGAAAGAGGCUGGCAGGUACCUUCCGGGCACCUCUUGUAGGCCACACACUUCGCCAGGUGCCGAGCUGUGCUGGUGAACAGAACUGAAGAAGUGCUGGCCUUUGGAAGAUUCCUGUGUGAGAUGCAUGGGGUGCUGGCCCGUAACAUGU